CCUGCCGGCGAGGGGAGUGGCCCCGCUGCCUGCCGGGGCAGCUGAGCACUCCGCAGCCGAGCGCGCACGGGAACCCCGGCCACGGCGCGUGGAGGCGGUGCCGAAGCGCACGGUGCGCACAGUGCUGGCAGCCGCGACGGGAGCCCCGCAACGUCCCCGAGCACCAACGGAGAGUGAGGACGACCCGGAGGUGUAGAGACGCCCGGAGAGGUAGCACGGCUCUUUUCCUUGUCUGCCCUGCUCUUCCCACUGCGGCCCCGCGCCUUUGUGCCCGUGGGCCCCCGACGCCCGCUCGCCAGUGUAGCACACGACCAUGGCCAAGAUGGAGGUGAAAACAUCACUUCUGGACAACAUGAUUGGAGUUGGAGAUAUGGUUCUUUUGGAACCUCUCAACGAGGAGACCUUCAUUGACAAUCUCAAGAAGCGUUUUGACCAUAAUGAAAUCUAUACUUACAUUGGAAGUGUGGUUAUAUCUGUUAACCCGUACCGGUCAUUGCCCAUCUAUUCACCAGAGAAAGUGGAAGAAUACAGGAAUAGAAAUUUCUAUGAGCUGAGCCCUCACAUCUUUGCACUGUCAGAUGAAGCAUACAGAUCCCUACGUGAUCAAGAUAAAGACCAAUGUAUUCUCAUUACCGGAGAAAGCGGAGCAGGAAAAACAGAGGCCAGCAAGCUUGUCAUGUCCUACGUGGCUGCUGUUUGUGGAAAAGGAGCAGAGGUCAAUGAAGUCAAAGAACAGCUUUUGCAGUCCAACCCCGUCCUGGAAGCUUUUGGAAAUGCCAAAACUGUAAGGAAUGACAACUCCUCUAGAUUUGGCAAAUAUAUGGAUAUUGAGUUUGACUUUAAAGGAGAUCCACUUGGAGGAGUGAUAAGUAACUAUCUCUUAGAGAAAUCUCGAGUGGUCAAGCAGCCCAGAGGCGAGCGCAACUUCCACGUGUUCUAUCAGCUGCUCUCUGGUGCCUCUGAAGAGCUCCUCAAUAAACUUAAACUUGAGCGGGAUUUCAGCAGAUACAACUACCUGAGUUUGGACUCCGCCAUAGUAAAUGGAGUGGACGACGCAGCGAAUUUCAGAACCGUUAGGAAUGCCAUGCAGAUUGUUGGUUUUAUGGAUCAUGAAGCCGAGUCUGUCCUGGAGGUGGUGGCAGCUGUGUUGAAACUGGGAAACAUUGAGUUCAAGCCUGAAUCGCGAGUGAAUGGCUUAGAUGAAAGCAAAAUAAAGGACAAGAAUGAACUCAAAGAAAUUUGCGAAUUGACCAGCAUUGAUCAGUCAGUCCUAGAACGAGCAUUCAGUUUCCGAACAGUUGAGGCCAAGCAGGAGAAAGUUUCAACAACACUGAAUGUGGCUCAGGCUUACUAUGCCCGGGAUGCUCUGGCUAAAAAUCUCUACAGCAGGUUGUUUUCAUGGUUGGUAAAUCGAAUCAAUGAAAGCAUCAAGGCACAGACAAAAGUAAGAAAGAAGGUCAUGGGUGUUUUGGACAUUUAUGGCUUUGAAAUUUUUGAGGACAACAGCUUUGAGCAGUUCAUUAUUAAUUAUUGUAAUGAAAAGCUGCAACAAAUCUUCAUUGAACUUACUCUGAAAGAAGAGCAGGAGGAGUACAUCCGGGAGGACAUAGAAUGGACUCACAUCGACUACUUCAAUAAUGCGAUCAUUUGUGACCUUAUAGAAAAUAACACAAAUGGAAUCCUGGCCAUGCUGGAUGAAGAGUGCCUGCGGCCUGGCACCGUCACUGAUGACACCUUCUUGGAGAAGCUGAACCAAGUCUGCGCCACCCACCAGCACUUCGAGAGCCGGAUGAGCAAGUGCUCUCGCUUCCUCAACGACACAACCCUGCCCCACAGCUGCUUCAGAAUCCAGCAUUAUGCUGGCAAGGUGCUUUACCAGGUGGAAGGGUUUGUUGACAAAAACAAUGACCUUCUCUAUCGAGACCUGUCCCAAGCCAUGUGGAAGGCUGGCCACACCCUCAUCAAGUCUUUGUUCCCGGAAGGGAAUCCUGCCAAAAUCAACCUGAAGAGGCCUCCCACAGCGGGCUCACAGUUCAAGGCAUCGGUGGCCACUCUGAUGAAAAACCUGCAGACCAAGAACCCCAACUAUAUCAGGUGUAUCAAACCGAAUGAUAAGAAGGCGGCACACAUCUUCAGCGAGGGGCUGGUAUGUCACCAGAUCAGAUACCUGGGUCUCCUGGAGAAUGUCCGAGUGCGGAGGGCCGGCUAUGCCUUCAGGCAGGCCUACGAGCCUUGCCUGGAAAGGUACAAAAUGCUUUGUAAGCAGACCUGGCCUCACUGGAAGGGCCCAGCAAGGUCUGGUGUGGAGGUUCUGUUUAAUGAGUUGGAGAUUCCAGUGGAGGAAUAUUCCUUUGGUCGAUCGAAGAUAUUCAUCCGAAACCCAAGGACAUUAUUCAAAUUAGAAGACCUGAGGAAGCAACGACUCGAGGACCUGGCCACUCUCAUUCAGAAGAUUUACCGGGGCUGGAAAUGCCGUACCCACUUCCUGCUCAUGAAGAAAAGCCAGAUCGUGAUCGCGGCCUGGUACAGGAGAUACGCGCAACAAAAGAGAUACCAGCAGGUAAAGAGCUCGGCCCUGGUAGUUCAGUCUUACAUCCGGGGCUGGAAGGCACGAAAAAUCCUGCGGGAACUGAAGCAUCAGAAGCGCUGUCGGGAAGCAGCCACAACCAUCGCGGCCUACUGGCAUGGGACCCAGGCGCGAAGGGAACUGAGACGGCUGAAGGAGGAGGCUAGGAAUAAACAUGCUAUUGCAGUUAUUUGGGCUUACUGGCUUGGAUCUAAGGCUCGAAGGGAAUUGAAACGCUUGAAGGAGGAGGCUAGGCGCAAGCAUGCAGUUGCUGUCAUUUGGGCUUACUGGCUUGGACUGAAGGUACGCAGAGAGUACAGGAAAUUCUUCAGAGCCAAUGCCGGAAAGAAGAUCUAUGAAUUUACACUUCAGAGAAUUGUGCAAAAAUAUUUUUUGGAAAUGAAAAACAAGAUGCCUUCCCUGUCUCCAAUAGACAAGAAUUGGCCUUCGAGACCUUACCUCUUCUUGGAUUCUACCCACAAGGAGCUCAAAAGGAUUUUUCACUUGUGGAGGUGUAAAAAAUACAGAGAUCAGUUCACGGACCAGCAGAAACUUAUUUAUGAAGAGAAACUAGAAGCCAGUGAACUCUUCAAAGACAAGAAGGCUUUAUACCCAUCCAGUGUUGGGCAGCCAUUCCAGGGGGCUUACCUGGAAAUCAACAAGAACCCUAAGUAUAAGAAACUCAAAGAUGCCAUUGAAGAAAAGAUCAUCAUUGCUGAAGUUGUGAACAAAAUUAACCGUGCUAAUGGGAAGAGCACAUCCCGAAUUUUCCUCUUAACAAACAAUAAUCUUCUUCUUGCUGAUCAAAAGUCUGGACAAAUCAAGUCAGAGGUUCCCCUGGUGGAUGUGACCAAGGUAUCCAUGAGCUCACAGAAUGAUGGCUUCUUCGCUGUCCACCUCAAAGAGGGCUCGGAAGCGGCCAGUAAAGGAGACUUUCUCUUCAGUAGCGAUCACCUGAUAGAAAUGGCCACCAAGCUCUACCGUACGACUCUCAGCCAAACCAAACAGAAGCUCAAUAUUGAAAUUUCCGAUGAGUUCCUGGUACAAUUCAGACAGGACAAAGUAUGUGUGAAGUUUAUUCAGGGCAGCCAGAAAAAUGGGAGUGUCCCAACAUGCAAACGAAAAAACAAUCGUCUCCUUGAAGUUGCUGUCCCAUAACUGGCACCUCCUCUGUGGUUUCAUGGACUCGUUUCUUUGUAAUAGUGCAAUUUGGUUUUGUUUGGGGGGCUCAUUGUAUGUUUGGGAGUUGCCAAAGGUCGACUGUUAGAGUAGUUCUUUGGCAAAAUAAAAACAUUUGACUAAUCAAUUUUUAUUAUUACUGAAAUAGUUUUAACCCUUCAAGUAUGCAUUGUCUUGGGGCAAGAUGGUAGAAACUAACAGUGUCUGUUUCUAUGUCAUAAUGUGUUCUUCGUUUAGUUUUGUUAAGUCUGUGUACCCUAAAUCAAUAUAUUACCCAUCAUCCGUAAUUCAUACUAUGUGUAGGAAAUGGUCUUACAGUGUAUUCACUCAGAUAUUUAUUGAAUGCCUGCUGUGUGCUAGGCACUGUGCUAGAUGGUAUGAAAACCUGCUAGGAGCUUUUUAUUUUGAAGGCCAUAGCAUUAUGACUGGUUUGUACUGGUUAAAUAAUGGCGGAGAUUUAAAAUGUGGAGACCAAAACAUCAACCGUUAAGGAUGGGCAAUGUUCUUAGGAACGCUGUGGUGGAAUCUUUAACAAUGCAUGCUGCCCAGAGAGCUGGUCCUGGGAAGUAGAAGAAAUACAUGACCAGGAUGAAAUCCCUCUACAUGUGUUCUGUUUGCAAAAAUGAAAACUGACAUUUGAACAGGACUUCUGAUUUGCUCAAGUCUGUAAUUACUUUUAAUCAUAGAAAAUAGAAGCCAUCCUUAUUUUAGAAAAAGUGACAGAAGCUGGACUCAGUAAGAUUAUAUAUUCCCAGCUAUGGAAAAACACUAUGAUCCUACAUGUGCGGAAGUCUGCAGUGUUGUUCUUACCCAAGUUUAAGUACAUAUUUUAAAGUGCUAACACAGGGAAUGGCUCAAAGCCGUUCAGAUAAUGGCAAGCAUUCUGUAUGAUGUGCAAUAAACAUCCAAGAUCUUUUUGAAAGUUUUAUUUAUAAUAUACAUUUUUGUAUGAGAGGUGAUUGGUACAGGGUGCAUAAAAGUCAAGGAUGAAAAUCAAGUUGGUAUUAAUUUGCAGGACUAUUUUUCCCCUUCAAAUUUGUAAUAAGGAUUCAUUUUGGAAACUGCAUUUUAAACUUUGGGGUCAAAUUGUUUCUUAUUUGGGAAGAUAAUGUACAUACAUUGACAUUAUGUUAAAUAAUAAAAUUGUCUAAUUUGGUGCCA